CCUUUGGCGGAUCUGGCGGUCUCGGAACUGGGUGGUCUUUGAGGGUAAGCAGUUUGGGAUCCUGCGUUGAUGCGCCAGUUUGCCCAACAAUAUGAGGAAUGGGUGCGGCUGCCGGUGGAUAAAGCUCUUCAGGCUGCUGAUCCUACGGUACAACAACCACUGGGUCUGAUGGUUCAUACUGGGUUGUUUGUAUGUGGGAUGGGGCUACUAGGAGCGGUUCACAUUCGGCGGGCGGGUUGGUUCUUAUGACCCCUACACGGGAAGUCCUGCUGGUGAAAGGGGUUCAAUUUCCGAUAAUUGAUGACCCCAUGGUGGUGGUACUGCUUGUCCUCCAUGAGGGUCUGCUGUGGUGCCCAUGAUCCAGGUCAUCGACAAGAUCAGAUAGGCCGAUAAAAAGGGACAACCGAUUGGGUGCGAUUUUGGACGAAGUGGUGCUGGGUUUCUCCAGUAACCCCGGAUUUAGUGUUCGAUAGUAAUAGGGUAGCCCACUUGAUGGUUAGAAAGACCCUCUCUUUGUGGCCGACUAUGAGUCGUUUUUUUGAUUUUCAGGCCUGGCUGAACUCGAGGAUGUAACUACCUAUUAUUUGAAUCAAUACAUGAUUAUCUUUUGUAAAAAAAAAAAAAAAUACUACUCGCUAAGCCACCGUACCGGUAUAAACGGUCUAAAGCACACAAGUCUAUAGUGUGAAAAAUCCCAAGCCCUAACGCACGUUGAACCAGCAAAACUACUGGUUCUCGCGCGCUCGCUCGCUCGCUCUUCGCACCUCGCCAUCUCUCUCAGUUCGGCUCGGCGCUUGGUCUCCCUCCCUACAACUCCACUCUCUCCGCCACUGAAAUCUGCACUUCUCUUUCGUUUUCUCUUGACCCUCAACAUCUACUCCCUGCAUUCUAUUCCACCCUUUGCCGCUCUGUACUGUUCCCGCGUUUCAUUUUCCGCUGAGCCCCAAGUCCACUGGCUGGAAGAAACUUCAAUCAUGGCGUGCUCAAGCAGCUUCGUUCGCCCUCACCGCCGUUCAAUUUCUUCAGGAUGUCAUAGGACAGUGUAAUUGAGACGCCGGAAACAAGUACAGCUUUCAGGGCUCUGCCGGAUUGAGCCCUUUCUGUUCUUGGUCGAAGUAACCCACCCUCCUCAACGAAAGGUAAUCCACCGCUUUCUCCUACGUUACAUAAUUCGAGCUUUCUCUUGAUUCGAAUGUUUACCUGCUUUGUUCUGCGAUUUCUGUGUUUUUGGCUAUCCCAGUCUGUACUUGUUACCUGGCUGAAAUGGAUUUCUUGCUUCGACUUUGUAUUAUAGCCUGAAAUAUGAAGCGGGUGUGUGAGUCGGAGUCCAGUGCUGAUAGAAUCACUGACCUUCCUGCCGACGUGAUACAGCGCAUUCUUGUGUACUUACCCAUUAAAGAUGCCGCCAAAACUGGUGUCUUGUCAAGUAAAUGGAGGUGCCACUGGAGAAGGAUUCCUGAACUUGUCUUUGAUGAUGAUUUUGCCCAAAUCUCUAGUGAUUUGGCUGAAUCUGAAUCGAAAGUUAUGAAUAAGCAAGUGAUGUUGAACAUCUACAGAUCUCUGCUUCUUCAUGACGGGCGAAUAACCAAGUUCGUGCUUUCAGUCCCUGGAUUGAUCGCCUGCCGUGAGAUUGACCAAAUCAUUCUUUACCUUUCUACCAAAGGUGUCCAACACUUAAAGUUUGUGUUCACCGGUAUUAAUGAUGAGGAAGAAGGCGAUUUUCAGAUGCAUUCUUCCCUGUUUUCUGUUUCGCACCUGAAAUCCCUGAAACUUCAGUCCUGUGAAUUUAAGCCACCAUCUUGGUUUGUGGGCUUCACUAACCUCACCCGUCUUGUAUUAGAAUAUGUUACUUCGCCCUUCGAUUUCUUCAGGCAUUUCCUUUCCAUGUGCCCGAUGCUCGAAUACUUUAGGGCGAUAUAUCCCGACGGGCCUGCUGGUCAGCUUGAAAUUGUGGCUCCACUUCUCAAAUCCUUCAUCUUUGUGGGGUAUUUUCAGAGUAUCAGCUUCAAGUGCACUCCACUUCUGUCAUACGUAGUACUUCAUUUGACUGAGAGCGAGACACCUGAUUUGGUAUCUUUAUUUGCUUCUCUCCCGGUACUCGAGCAGCUCCAUGUUAACAAUGAAGUCAUGAAAUACCUUGCUCCAGCUGGUAGGAAUACCCCCACCCGGCUUCCUAUUCCUCUUCACCACUUAAAAGUCCUCGAGAUGAAUACUCUCGUCUUUGAUGGUUCCCCGAUGGAGUGUGUUUUUGUUUCUCUAAUCAUGAGCUCCCCCAACUUGCAUAGGCUCACAGUUCAGCUAUGUGAUCAGCCCGCAGGCAGUGAAGUUAGCUGCUUGCGAAGCUUGUUGGAAGCAGGGGACUGCAGGGGAUCUGAUUGCCUUCAACAUCUGAGGAAGUUCAGAAUCGAGGAUAGCCGUGGUACUCAGGUCGAGCUGGACCUUGUGCGGUUUGUACUAGCCACUGCCUCACUACUUGAGUUUAUUCACAUUACACCUUAUAAAAAAUUGGGCGCCAAGAAGGUUACCAAGUUCAUGAAGGAGGUGAUACAGUAUAAGCGAGCUUCUAAAGAAGCGGAGGUUAGAUUCUAUUGGGAUGACGACGAUGAGUGACAAUUCGGUCUCCCCUCACUCAACUCCUCACUUCUAGAGUUGCAAUGUUGGUGGAUAGAUGUGAGGUUUUCUAUAUAAGCAGCAUAUUACAGAUUUUCCAGGUUCGGUUUUCCCGCCAUAAUCUUGUUCGGAUUGGGAGCUUACUAUUUUGGAUGUUUGGAAGUAGAUUGACCCUAUAACUUCUGGAAAUCCGUAUCCUUCUGCGUCGUAAGGGAACAAUUGAUCACCCCCUAUCUGUCUUUUAGUAUUAACAUUCUCCAACUUGCCGGAUAUCUCCUCUUUGAAUUGGUUUCCUCAUUUGAUGUGGCCGGAAAAUAACUGGAGUUUUGCCGCAUAUUGGAGAACCCAUCUGACCAUGAGUUCUACUCAUAGCUAGAUCUUAUUGUUCAUUUGUCCUAACUUGGUUUUUUCUUUGUACUCGUGUUAUGUCCCCAAAGAUAUUUCUAUGGUAAUGUAGUCAGCUUGUCUCAACAGAAACAAAUAUUGCUCGAUGCAUCUUAUUGAAGACAAAUAUUGCCGGAUAUCUCCUCUUUGUACAGGUUUGUCACUAAAAAUAAUUUAUUUUAUUUGUGGUCGCUCAAAUUAGUUUAAUAGUCCAUGUUCGGUCAUUCUCGUUACUUUCUGUUAGUCUCCAUUAAAGACGUCGAUUUUUUUUGCUGAUGUGGCGAACACAAACGUCCAGUAAGCCUAAUUUAACUUGAAAAAUAGACGUGAUUCUCAACUGCUACAUUCAUUUCAUUACGAAUUAAUGAUCUCGUAAGCAUCUCUGCAACAUCCAUUUCAUUAGAAAUCCGUAUACAUGAGCGGUCCUGGUAGAAACCAUGUGAUUUAGCGCUUGUUGGGUCAGGUUUGAUGAUUAGGAGUUGGUUGAUGAUUAGAAAUUGUGAUAGAUGAUCAGGAAGAAUUAGGAAUUGAGCGUUGAAGAGAAGAAUUGGGGAAGAACGAGAAAGAAUGGCAGACGGUCUAUAGUAGAGAGAUAGACGAGAUUUAGAGGAUAGAAAAAUUAAGAUUUGAGAGACUUUUUUGUAAUAUUCUUCUUGAUUGACUGGAAAACACUGGAAAAAUCUAAUAAUAAACCUAAAAUUAACAACAUUAAAUUUUAAAUUUUAAUUGGUAUCCUUAAUCUAAUAUGAUACUAUAACAUAUGAUCACAACUAAUCAAUGCAUUAUUUUAAACCUUCAAUUUUGAACCCUAACCCUAAAUUCCUAAACCUGAAUCCUUCAAAUCAAAGUAAUCUUGAAUAAUUUUUGUGCAAAUUCAUGUAUUUUAUUGCCCAUCAUAUAAGAGUAAUGAUUGAUAUCGGUUUGACAUGAGUCACCUGCUCAAAAUAACGGUUAUGAGGCGAGUGCAUUACAUGCAUCCAAAAAAGUGAGUGCAUUGAAGACAAAACCUUCAUUUUGAUAUAUUUGCAAGAAAAAUAUUAUGUUAGUCUAACAUCCUAUGUAGGGGUGGAUAACGAUCCCGUUAGCACUAGAUUGAAUCGUACUGAAUCGAUAUUUGGAUCGAAUAUAUUUUGAUUCGGUUUUAUAAGGAAAAAAAAGCAACAUAUCUAUUGGAGAAUCGUCAAUUCCUAAAGGUUAUUCUUUAAGUUUUCAAUCUAUAGAGUAUCAAAUUUGUGUUGGUCGCUGGGUUGUUUAUCAGUGUUGCCAAAAAAUAGAUGUCAUAAAAUGUUCAUGUGAAGUAAAUUCUCCGUGUGUAAUGUUUAGUGUGAAGAUAAAAGUUUUGUUAAGGAAGACAAAUGCAUUGUAAUUGGUAGAGACGAUGGUGCUUUAGAGAAUGGAGCGCGAUCACAAGAAAUCCAAAAUGGCAUUUGCAAUAAUUUUUUAAUUCGAGGAGAGCAAAUAGUGCGGUCAGAUUACAUAUUUAGGAGUCUAUUUUCUUGCAUGGCUUUGUAGUAAUAAUAAUAAUAAUUUUAG